AUGACCACGCCAAUCCCAAUCCCAGCUGGGACUCGUCCUCCAACUUUCGCGUCAUCAACACCUCCUUCAUCAGUUUGGGAUCGCAUAACCACUUGGGCCUCGGAGAACAAGGCUGUGGUAUAUACAAUUGCAGGAGUUGCGGUUGUGGUUACGGGCGCCGGGGUUGUAUACUAUCUUAACGAUGCACCAGCAACAUCUGUACGAGACACACCAAAAAAGUCCAGCAAGAAAGAGAAGCGGAGGAAGAAGGAAGAAGAAAAGAAACAGCCAGAUCUUGAAAAGGGUCCACCAGCAAGGACCGAGCCCAAACCCGCCGCCGUCGAGACCGUAGAUGAGCUUCCUGAGGUGGACGAGACUACAGUUGGAAAUCUAUCCGAGGCGGAACGCAAAGAGUACGCUGCAAAACUGAAGGCGGCCGGUAACACUGCAUACGGUGCAAAGGAUUAUGACAAAGCUAUUAUCCUUUACGGAAAGGCCAUCAUUUGCAAGCCCGACCCAAUCUUUUAUUCGAAUCGAGCAGCAUGCUAUAACGCCCAGGGCGAGUUCGAAAAGGUCAUCGAAGACACAACUGCUGCGAUUAACUUGGAUAACGAGUACGUCAAAGCACUAAACCGAAGAGCAAACGCAUACGAGGCCCUUGAUAAAUACAGCGAGGCGUUGCUAGAUUUCACGGCAAGCUGCAUUAUCGACAGUUUCCGCAACGAGUCGAGCGCACAGGCUGUAGAGAGGCUGCUCAAGAAAGUCGCCGAGGCCAAAGGAAAAGCCAUUCUUGAGACAAAGGACAAGAAGCUUCCAAGCGCGUCAUUCGUUACCAACUACUUGCAAAGUUUCAGAGCUCGACCAGCGCCAGAAGGAUUAGACGAGAAAUCCGAGGUAUUCGACAUGUCUGGUGUAGGACAAUUGAAACUGGGUCUUCGAUCCGUAGAAAAGAAAACUGGUGAUGGAUAUGAACAAGCUGCUGCUGCUUUCGAAAAGGCACUCGAAUUGGGCGAACUCGGCGAACACGAAGCUUUUGCAUACAACAUGCGCGGAACGUUCAAAUAUCUUCGUGGAGAUAAUGUGGAGGCUUUGGAGGAUCUAUCGAAGAGUAUCGAGCUGCAGCCAUCCUUGACACAGAGUUAUAUCAAGCGUGCCAGCAUGCACCUCGAGCUGGGUAACAAGGACGAGGCGGCAAAUGAUUUCGAAAAAGCCAUGGAACAGAACUCUGAAGACCCAGACAUCUACUACCACCGCGCACAACUUCACUUCAUUCUUGGAGAAUUCCCAGAUGCGGCGAAGGAUUAUCAAAAGUCAAUUGAUCUUGAUGGUGAAUUCAUUUUCUCUCACAUUCAACUCGGUGUCACACAAUAUAAGAUGGGGUCGAUUGCCUCGUCAAUGGCAACAUUUAGAAGAUGUAUCAAGAACUUCUCUCAGGUACCAGACGUAUACAACUACUACGGAGAAUUAUUGUUGGAUCAACAAAAAUACCAGGAAGCUAUCGAGAAAUUCGACACAGCAGUUGAGAUGGAGAAGCAGACAAAGCCUCUGGGCAUGAAUGUUCUCCCUCUCAUCAAUAAAGCCCUAGCGCUCUUCCAAUGGAAGCAAGAUUUCGCAGAGGCCGAGAAACUUUGCCAAAAGGCGCUCAUAAUCGAUCCGGAAUGCGACAUUGCCGUUGCAACCAUGGCUCAGUUACUGCUUCAACAGGGUAAGGUUACAGAGGCGCUCACAUAUUUCGAGCGUGCCGCCGAACUUUCACGAACCGAGGGCGAAAUUGUCAACGCCCUCUCAUACGCCGAAGCCACCCGUACACAACUAGAAGUCCAAGAGAAAUACCCACAACUCGCAAACAGAUUACAGGGAAUGAGUGGAGGUAUGGCUCCUAUGCGCUAA